CUACACUGAUUGGUGGCCGCUGGAAAGCUGGUUUGACGAGACUACUUUGUUUUUCCGUGCCUGCCACAUAGGAAGGGGAAGAAGCCGAACUUCAAGGGCGUGUAUUGGGCUCUGCAGGAACUGUGUUACAGAUAUUUUAUCAACUGUGUAUAUAUUGAGAUUCCGUGUGUUACCUCCAGUUUAAAGAUAUCAGAAAUUCGUGAAAAACCAAGUGUGUAAUGGCUGAAAGCAAGGAAAAUCCUGAAGAGGUUCUCACAUGUCCGAUUUGUGUGGAAACAUUCCGGAAACCAGUAAUGUUACCUUGUCAGCACAGUUUUUGUAGAGAGUGUAUUGGUGUGUAUGCUGACAAAUCUAAACCUGGACAGACAGAUGAGGUCUCCUGUAGCACGGGGAGUGAGGGUGCUGACCAGCUGAUCUCAUGCCCUGUAUGUCGGACACCAACCAGUCUGGGGAGAGAAGGUGUAGCUGGUCUGCCUUCCAACUUUCAUCUGGCUGAAAUAGUGGAGAGGUUCUCUUCUGCCGUGAAGAUUGAGGAUGACACCCCAUAUUGUUCUCUGUGUGAUGAUGAUAAUCAGACUAAAGCUGUCAAGUUUUGUACCGAUUGUUGUUUUCUGUAUUGUAAAGACUGUCUGGCUUCUUGUCAUCCCAUGAGGGGGGCUAUGAAACGUCACCGGCUGAUUUCGUCCCUGGAGUACCUCUCACAGGAAACCUCACAGCGACAGACCAGCGACAGGGAUGAACAAUCAAAUCAGCAAGCGUCAUGUGCAAGACAUGGUGAGCCAUUCUGCUUGUACUGUGUACCGUGCCGGAUGGUGAUCUGUAUGGGGUGUGUGGUUGACCAUCCGAAACACGCUAUGCAAGAUAUACCAUCUGCAGCUGAGAAUGACAAGCCAGCUGUGUUGAACAAGACUUGCGAACUGGAGAAAGUGCUACAAGAAACUAAAGAAUCACUGUCAGGAGUUUCGAGGCUGCACAAUAAGAUACAGGAAACUCAGGAACUUCACACUGAAGAGGUUGAAAGGGCUUAUUGUGCAGCCUUGGAAGCCUUACAAGCCUGGAAACAACAGUCCUUAGAUGGCAUAAAAACCCGCUAUUCACAGUGGAGUGUGGAGUGUAGUGCUAUACUCAAACAUUUCCAGCUACAGGCCCAGGAAAUGGAGAGGAUGGUACAGGCUUCCAAGGAUUUAGUAGCGUCAAUGGACGUCAAGUUUUUACAGGGUUCCACGGACUUCACCAAAAUAAUUGAUGACCAACUGAAUGAGAUAAGAGCCGAUCUGGAGAAACAUGAGGUCAGCAGACAAAAGCUUCUAGAUUCUCUACAACAUGACCAAGUUGUUCCUAGACAGGUGACUGUAAAAGAAACAGUGCAAGAACGUCAGGACUUAGAAGCAGCAGUCGGUGGACCAAUGUCACCCCUGUGUGUUACAAAGCCGACUCUGAGAUUCACAGAGACAGACGACAGAAAGCUGAGAAUCACUGACAGCGGCUGUGUGGUAAAGGGUGGGGACUUGUACAGGGGGUGGUGGAGGAGAGCUGUGACAGACGGGCGUUACCAGACGGGCAGGUACUACUGGGAGAUACACAUCACCCGUUCACAUGACUGUAACUGUCAUGUAGGAGUGACACAGGAGAGCUGUGGUGUGAGGGGGAUGACAAACCCUGGCCGUAACUCCUGGUACAUUAAGAUGGUGUACAGUGGUGAUGUGGUCAGGUGUUAUAGUCACCGUGGUGGUGGUGAGAUCAAACCUGACUAUCAACAGUGGAGACGUUACACACGACCUCAUCACCUGGGUGUGUACCUGGACUGUGAUGAGCACACACUGACAGUCCUGGACUGUGACAACAACCAGGUAAUGUGCACUGUCAGUGAUGUUAUCGUCACAGAGCCUCUCGUGCCAUCGGUUGGGUUUGUCGGGUAUGGAUCUGUGUCUGUGUCUGCGUCUGCUCGUCUGGUAACGGGUGACUCUGUGACUCUGCCUCCAGUUCUCUGUGAUAUGAUAAGCACUUCCUGACCAUUGGGUAAUUAUUCAUUACAUCUUUUCCAUCAUAUUAUAAUUUGUUUCAAAUAGAGUGGUUAAUUAUGUCUCUUGGAACAAAUUUUUGCGUAUAAAUUUUAGUUAAUGUGGUUAAUUCAGUAAUUUGUCACAAGCUUACAGCUUGGUGUAGUUGUACACAGUCUGUCUGACUUGUCCUGAACAUCAGUGUCAGGUUUUUUCCAGACAAAAUACAUGUAGAUAAUGGCUGGGUAGUUUUAGUUUUAGUAAUGGAGAUUUGUGAGAAAGUGGCUGAGGGUAUAAAGGAUUAUUUUUCUUACCAUGAUCGGGCCGGUAUGUCAUAACUCAGGGGUGGUUUCAGAUUAAGUCGUCAAAAAAGAUCAGAUCAGAUUGAUGUUGUUGUUGCAGCAUGUUACACAAGACAAUUCUAUUUUGAAUGAUACUAGCAAUGUUUUUUGAGAGAAAUAAACCAUAGUUUGUAAUGGGUUUGAGAGUGAUUAACUGGCUGAAAUGGUAUUACAUAACUAGCGACAUCAAAGAAAAAGAUCACAUGGAUGAGUACAGGUAGAGCUUUUGGCACCUGACCUCAAAUGCAGAUUGGGCUAGAACAGGUUGGUUGGAUAAGCUACAUGUAGUCAUCUAGGUUGUGUUAUGUAACUUGGAUGUAAGUUUUGGAUAAAAAUGAGAGAAAAACAUAACCUGUGGGCCAUUUUUAAAUUAAUACUGUCUCUUUUGAGUGCAAUCCAACCAGCCCUCCAAUAAAGGACCCCACUUGAAAGGGUGUUUUUCUUAGAAGUUUCAUUACCCAGAAUGUACAAGAAUUCCCUGUGGACCGACCCUAUUUUGUCUCCAUGAUGAGGUUAAUCCCAUGCUGAACAAGGACUGUUUUUAGGAUGCUGUUGUCAGUUGUAAGUUUCUCGUUUUCUGUAUAUUUCUCUAUUUUUCAACUAAGUUUAUUCAAAGAUUGGCGUUCUUAACACUUUGUCAUGAUCUGUGCAUAGUUUGUGUAUCUCACAAGUUAACAAUAGCAAACAUUUAAGCUGUUUAUCAGAUUUUUAUCUUCAGUCUAAACACAGUGACAUUUUAGUGGACUAUUUGUGUUUAUUGAAUACAUCUACCACAUUACUAUGUAAACAUCUGACAUGUUUUCUAUAAUAAACACUUAGGUCUUAGUCACUAAACAGUUUUUUAUGAAUAAAUACCAGUUGGCAUUAAUCUAUACUGUAAUAAAAAUGUUGUUUAAAAACAGUUAUUUUUAAUGUAUACUGUAAAUCGUUAACCUUUUUAGCCACUAAAAGUGUUUACUGGAAUCUGUGCAUAUAUUUAAUAGGAAAUCAUGCUAAAAUGAUUUAUUUGUGUCAGUGAAGAUGUAAGCUUCAUAAAACUGUGCCAAUUAUUUUAUCUACACUCUGUAGUUCUCUAACAAUAAUUUCCAAUUAUUGGUUAAAGAGGUGGCCGAAGAGGUUGAAGAGUUUAUAGUAAGCUAUAUGAGGAAGGUUGAAAAAAUUAGGGUAAGCGAUGUGAGGAAGGUUGAACAAUUAGGAUAAGAAAUAUAAGGAAGGAUACACAGAUAUAUAUUAUGGAUAUAACCUUUUUUCCUUUAAAUGACUUUUACAUGUAAGUGCUGUGAUAUGACAAGUGACAUGUAUUAUUGUAUUCACCGUGGUGUAAGCAUUACGCCCCACAUUGUGAUAUUUUUUAAUAAAUAGUUUCUAAAUACGUGUAUAUACAUUGAUUAUGUUGCGGUUUAUUCAGAAUACAGUUUGUCUUUUUUUUUCUUGCUUGCAUAUGCUUAGCUUGAUGAAGUGAUUAAAGUAUCAUUGUUACAUCGCUUUUCAUUUGUUUUUUAAAUUGAGACCCUGUUCACACUUUUUUUUUAUAAAAGUAAUCAAUUUUUCUUGUACAUGUAUUAACGUUGACUCUCUUUUAUUGCAUACAUGUAUAAAUAACUACAACAUGAGCUGCCUCCUUGUUAUGUUUAAUUAACUUCACCCAGAGCUGCAGACCUACACAUGCUUAAUCCUCUCUUUAGGUUUAACCUUCAAAACCAGCUUUGGUCUCCAACUUGAUGUGCAGCUCAAGUCAUGUAUCCAAACAACUUCUGUUCUCAUCUGUGACUUUGUCUGGGUGUUUUUUGAGUUCCCAUACAUGUAUUUUCAGUAAAACACAACAAUGUGUCAGUGUAAAAUAAGCUGGCAAAUCAUCUUUGAUUUCUGUGAUCUCUGAACUUUGCAAAUAUGAAAGUCUGGCUUGUAGCUGAUUUACCUUAGGAAGUGGCUUCAUCCCCAGUACUGUUGCUAUGACAACCUGUGGUCAAGAUUAUGAGGUCACUGCACCAUUUCAUCAGCUUGCUGUUAUUUUAAUGUCAGUUUUUGUUGUAUUCAUGUAUGAUUCGGUGAUAUUGUGCCAUUCUCUGCCUUUUGUGUUCCAACUUCUGAGACAUAUGCUUAAUAAAAAUAAGUGAUUGUGUAAUGUGUAGUCGUUUGAAUGGUUGAAUAAAAGUGUCAAUAAAAUGUAGUAAUACAAACGUAAA